ACCCGGAAGUUGGACGCUCCAGUAGUCCAAAUUGCUAACCCGGUGUUUUUCCACACUUUUCGCAUGACCAAGCACGUUAUUAGGAUUAUUGUUUUGACUGUUACCUUAUUAGUUUUUUUUAUUGUCCAAUUAAGCCUUAAAUAAUUGUUGACGAGGAAGGAGCAACCCCCCCAAAAAAAAAAAAACAAGUGUCGUGUUCAAGAAAAGCACUCUCCGCGAGGAUCUAAGCAGAUAAAUUGUCUCGUUUGUGGCAUUUUAAGAGAGACACUUUCUGAAAAUGGGUGCAACGGUGGCCCGUAAGCAAAGUAAGAUCAGUUCGCCUCACGCAGUUGCGCCGGCGGUUCGAAAAAUCAAAUGUCCGACUGGGAACUGAGGACCGUGAAGGCGUCCGCAUCGAGCCGACAUUUUUUUCCCCCUCCUCCUCCUCCUCCUCUUCGUUCGCCACCUUCCAUCUUCGGCAAGUUCGCCUCUCAGUGGCUCAUUCCACGGACGCCGCGGUGCGACCCACUAGUCCCGCUCGUAAAAAAAAGACGACGACGACGACGACGUUUGAGGCCAGUUCGACCGAAGCGUGACAUUUUCUGCCCUUUUUGUUUUUGUCUUUUGGUCGUCGAGCGCACAAUAUGGAUCCAAUGACUCAGUCCGCCCAAAUAUCCUCGUCGCAGGGGCUCGCCGAUGGACAAAAUUCUGCGUCGAAAGAACCCAGACCAUCCGAUUCCUUUCUUUCCUCCUCGCCCGUAUCUGUCAUACAGUCUUCACAAGACAAAAAGACGGUGCUGGGUUCCAGUAAGCCCGCUGACGAAGGGGUCGCCACGGCCCUUCGCUUUUCCUCUCAGCCGGGUUCUUUUUCUCCUGAUAAUUACGGCGGCGAGGCACAGCCCGAUUCGCCAGUCAGGAUGUCUCCGGUUUCCGAGCGCAUAAAGGCUCUGGAAGCCCUCGCCGCCAAAAAGCAGACAGAUUUUCGAGGCGACUCUUGCGCGAACGUCAAAGAGCGCCACCACGACAAAUCUCCCAGGCAGUGCGUGGAGAAAAAUAAGUCGGGCUUCCAGAGGAAAACUGGCUCUCCUGGUCAAGAUUCACCCGAAUCGCCAUUCGAAGUCCUCGGAGAGUUCAGACAAAUGAAUGAAUUUGAAGAAACAGAAGCUUGGAUGAAGGCUCACGCGCCGCCAGUCCCAGAUUUGCAGGCUUCAGGCUUUGUUUCUUUUGACUCGAAGCCAGCCAGGGAAACUACUCCAUUUGCCGCUCUCACCGAUGUCCACAACGACGCUCCAAAAGUGAAGGAGCCACAGAAAGAAGCCAGUGUUGAGGAGGCAGACUUUGACCUGGACUUUCUGCCAACCGCCUACAUGUGGACUCAGCCGGAAAAUUCUGGGGUCCGAGCGCCGUCGCAGCUUGAUUCGGAGCACGCGGGUUUACCUCACUCUCUCUCCGGUUUUGAAUCCACGUCCCCACUGAACGAUGACGCUUUGGACGCUCCGGAUGAUGGGAGGACCACUUGGACUGGAGAGCUCGAGACGACGGAGGCGAAGGAAGUGGAUAGCUCAGGCGAGUCUGAAGAAACAGUCAUUGAAGACAGUUUCACUGCUGUUGUCCCCUCCCCGAACUCGGGUUUGCCACCAUCCGGUGACAUCGCCUCCUCUCCUGCGACUUCAACCCCUGACGCAGAAAGGGUGACGCCACCACUAAGGUCAGGAAGAAAGCUAAUGCAGGUUCCCACAAUCAAUGUCAUUGAAACCGACGAGCCAAACUGCAGUGAUGAGGAGUUUGAAAUGGAAUUUGAAGAAGAAGAAGACGAGGUUGUGAACGAGGAACCGAAAACCGCAGAAACGCCACCAGAUGAAAGCAAGGAAGCAUCUAAAAGACGGCCUGUGGAAACCGAAUUCAUGGAAGGCUAUUCUCCUCCCUCCUCUCCUGUCCAAUCGGACGAUGAAUCCGCUCCUCAAGAACCGAUCUUUGACCCUCAACCAGAUGCGUUCCCGGGGAAAUUGGCAGAACUUAACGACUCUGGAUUGGAUUUGUCUUUGGAAACAAACAAAGACACGAACUCACCCAUCAAAGGUGAUGAAUGGUCAGAUGAUUCGCCGCAAAGCAUGGCUGGACAAGACCGAGCUGAUUUCACCGCUCCAAACGACGACAAGGACGUGGUUGUUUUCUCGAGGAAUAGCAUUCUGCGAGGUGACACUUAUGAGGGACAGUCGUUUGACUUUGAGCUGCGAGAGUCUCCCUUCAGUGAGAAUGCGGUAACCCCAAAAGAAGCCAAAGACCGCUUUCUUUUGGAGUCUGCUGAAGUUGACAGUGAACCCCAGGAUCUGUUGACAAAUUGUAACGACGGAAACGCUUCUGCUGGGCCUCACGUUCCCCAGAACCCUUCUGACAUUUCAGAUGCAAUGGCUUCAGAAAAGUGCUCUGCUCCUGAGCCCGUUGAUAGUUUUGUGGAGUUCAUGAGAGAAUGCCUCAAAUCCCGAAAAGGUGAAGAAGUAGAUGACUCUCCAAGCGUUCUCUCCGAUGACGCGUGCGGUCCCCAAUCCCCUCAGUCCGUGCGGAUGGAUCCGGAACGGGAGUGGCUUACGAUCAGUGCUCUCGAACAGUUGGCCGGCACUCGAGAGGCAGAAGAGGAGACGCUGCCUCCUCCGGCCGGGACUGUGCAAAACGCUAACGCCGCAUGUAUCCAGCAAGCUUCCUUUACCCCGCUGACGAGCGCGUAUUCCGAAGAUGUAGACGCCGUGGACAUGUGGGUCGCGGAAGCCUAUCACCUUGUGGAGCAUGUCUUGACGGCAAUGUUAACCCACGUAUCAGUCAAGGAUCUGCUUCACUGGCGGGACCCCAAGAAGUCGGGCCUGGUGUUCGGCGUGUCCAUGCUGCUGCUGCUGUCGCUGGCCGCCUUCAGCGUCAUCAGCGUGGUGUCCUACCUGCUGCUGGCGCUGCUCUGCGUCACCAUCACCUUCCGCAUCUACAAGUCGGUGGUGCAGGCCGUGCAGAAGUCCAGCGACGGCCACCCCUUCAAGUCGCUGAUCGAGAAGGAUGUCAGCAUCCCCCCCGAGACCUUCCGCAAGCACGUGGACUCCGGCCUGACCUACAUUAACCGAGCCCUCAAGCACAUGAGCCGCCUCUUCCUGGUCGAGGACCUGGUGGACUCCCUCAAGUUGGCCGUGGUCAUGUGGCUGCUGACCUACGUGGGGGCCGUCUUCAACGGCAUCACCAUCCUCAUCCUCGCGGACAUCCUGCUCUUUGCCGUGCCGCCCAUCUACGAGAAGAACAAGACGCAGAUCGACCAGUACGUGGACCUGGCUCGGACCCAGAUCAACACCACCAUCGCCAAGUUGCAAGAGAAACUCCCCGGCGCCGUGAAGCGCAGCAAAAGCGAAUGAUCGAUCCUUUGAAAAAAAAAAAAAAAAAGAAGACGACCCUCCCAGUCAUCUCCAUCACGUAAACCCCCCCCCCCAACCCCCCCGAGCACCACCCACCCGUCUCCACUGAACCUUACUAGGUAGAGAGCAAAUGUCUAUUUAAUGUCAAAACUGCUGCGCUGUUCGUACCCGAGCGUGAACUCGACUGAAUCUCGGGCCUGCUUCCCAGGGUGCAUGCGAGCCAAACGUUUGUACGCAAAGGCCGCCAUCGCCGUCGACCGCGACUACUGAGCUCGUCCUCGCGUUUUUUUUCAUCCCGCUCGCGUCGCUCGGCAGACAUUGUGUCCUCUUUCUUUUUUUUUUUCUUUUUUUUUUUCCAUAAAAGCGGGUUUGCCUGACGUCCGCUAGUGCCCUGCACUGAUUUUUAUUUUAUUUUAUAGUUUUUUUUUUUUUUUUUUUUGGGGGGGGGGUUGCCGGAUACGCCACCGAGUGGCCUGAAAUCGCAAACGACUAAAAGCUUCUGCAACAUUGGCCGUUUUAGUCUAGUUCACAUGGCAUUUAUUCUGUCGCCGACUUGUUUGUGCACUAGUACACUCUUGCCUCACUAGGAAGACAAUUCAGCACACUUGUAGAAUGACCCCUCUUGUUUUUUUUCACGAUUGUACGACAUUUCUGUGCACUGGUAGAAUGUCAAGCGCAGGCCGCCAGGAAAAUUAGACCGCACUAGUAGAACUUUCUUACUAGAGAUGUUUCUUCCAGUAUUGUGAGAUUUCUGUGCACUGGCAGAAAAAAAACACGGCACACUAGUAGAACAUGUUUCUAGUGUGGCAAAACCGUGCUCCAGUUAACAGCUGUGUGCGACUAGUAUCACGAGUGACAGAAGAUUCUACUAGUUAACGUUUAGCACUUCACUCGUCGUAAUAUUCAAAAGCAUACAAUUACACCUGGUUUCAGCGCACUGGUAGAAGGAUGAGGGUGCACUAGCCGCAAGACUUCUUUGUUAGUGAAAUUUUGGCCGUUUCAGAAAUACUGAUGCACGAGUACAAUAGCCACACGUUCUUAAUGAGAUAAGACCGCACUAGAUGACAUCUGCGCGACGCGCUAGAUGUUAACCCGUCGAAUCUUAUGUCAUUAAAAGCACCUCGUUGUCAACUUGUGCAGUUUUGCCUCACGAGUGACGCCUGCUUGUUCUACUCGCGCACUGAAUCAUUUUUCUAAGUGAGGGCAAAAUGAGCACUAGUACAUGCACAAUUACACAUACUAGUAGGGUUGAGGUUAAUGCCUUGUCAUUCUCGCUAGUAGCAAGUCACGCGGGUGUGGGGAGAGAGGAAAAAAAUGUUCCGAGAGUGCGCUGGAUUGUGUUGGUGUGCGAAUUAUGAAUAAACGCCCAAACGUUUUUGUGUACACAUUCGUGCAUGUAUAUACACGUACUACUCCUCCAGUAAUUCUGAAGAGGUGACUGUUAUGUCAUUUCAAUUUAAGGAUGCAAUACUCGCGCGUACAGCUUUCGGACCCACCCCCCACCCCACAAGGACUGGCAUAGUUGUCACCAAUAUUCCAAGUUGUCUCGCAUUGGCGGCGUUUGUUUUAGCGGCGGGCCGCCGUACGGAAGGAGGCCGAGCUUGGGGUUUCUGUUUCCGCCGACCUCGACGGGGCGACCACGGACGUCUUGUCGGAACGUCGCCCCCCCCUCCCCCCGCGCUUCCAGCUAUCUUGUUGUUUGGCUCAGUUCAAGUGCUAGUUCCCGAAAAGGCUUUCAAUGCUUCUCUUCUUUUUGGACGAUAUUAUGAAUGAGGCCGCUUUGCGCAAAGCAUGCUGAUUUUUUUUUUUUUUUUUUUUUCAUCAGUUAUGGGAGUGAGUGUGUGUGUGUGUGUGAGAGUGAGAGGCAGAAAUGUUGUGUUUGUUCCUUUGUUGCUCUUGAUGUCGUUCUCUUAACAUGUUCCGUUUAGCUAUUAUGGCUCUACUCCCCCCACCCCCCACCCGUGAGUAAUGUCACAGGAGAGGAAAUAAAUGGAGGGGAAGGGAGGGGGGGACAAUUCUGUGGUCUCUGUAACUCAUGUUCAAGUGAAAUGAAUUAAAAACACCUUUAAAAAAAGGAA